CAGCAAUAAGGCUCUACAUCACGCUUCAGACAAAUUAAGCGCAGCCCACACUCCUCUUCUCUUCUUCACUGAAGCGGCGGACAAAGACGGAGGAAUCAAGAGUUUGAACAACUGGUACGCUAACCAUGGAAGACUCCUACCUAUCCCGUGACAAUGACGAUCCAGAUCAGACUCACAAUGGUUAGAGUAUUGAACUUCUCUUUUAUACUAUAUGAUAUGAUAUGAUUUGGUUAGUAGCAUGAAUAUGGCUUGGAUGUGUUAUGAUUAUAAUUGAUGCAAAUCUAAACAAGGGGAGGGUGGCACACAAAAUGAAGAUUGAUCGUACUCGUAGAAGUUGGUCUCCUCGUGAAGAGGAGGUGCUACUGUCAACCAUGAAGGGUCUCGUUGUCACUGGAUGGAAAGCGGAUAACGGUUUCUGUGGCGGCUACCUGUCUCGUAUUAUGGAGGCGUUGAAGCGUGAAUUCCCUCGUACUGACUUGAAGACAAGCCCCCAUAUCACAUCCAAGAUUUCCCAAUGGAAAAAAAGUUACAACUCUCUUUGUGGAAUCCUCGGACGAAGCGGUGUAGGCUUCAACCUGCAUAAUGACUACAAGAUUGACUGUGACGACGACCAAUGGGAACAAAUCAUUACGGCGGAUAAGGAAGCCCGCAACAUGCGUUUCAAGUCAUGGCCUAUGUGGGAUGCAUGGAAGGAGAUAUUUGGAAAAGAUCGUGCCGUAGGCACUACUGCUGCGGAUCUGGGUGAAAUGUCUAAAGAAGUUUGCUCAACUGGUGUCCCAUUCUUGAAAAUGGAGACAGUGAGUAUGUUGCAAGUACUGGUGCACCUUCUGGUGCCAAUCCACAAAAUACUAAGAGCUCUCCUCAAGGCUUGGAUCAAACUGCAAGUGACAAUGAUAAUGAAACUCAGUCAGCUCAGAAAAAGAAUAAGAAGAUUAAGGUUGUUGAUAGGUCUGAUAUCCUUCUGGAGAUGCUUGCUAAAAGCAAUGAAAACAUUAACUCAAGGCUUGAUAAGUUGACCAAUAGGAUUGGCUAUGAGUUUGAUGUUAACAAAGCAAGGAAGGAAGUUUUUCCAAUUCUCAGAGAUAUUCAAGGCCUCACUCUUGGGCAACAGCUUGAUGCCGCUGGGAUAAUUCUUGAGAAGGUGCAGUGCUUGGACUUGUUCAUGUCUCUUCCGGAAGCUUUUCGUCAUACGUACGUGGUGCGUAUGUUGGAGAAACACACCUGAUGCAAGGAUGUAGGUGAUGACCUACUGUGUUAUUUUGUGUAACAAGAACAUGUACUCUUGUUUGUAAUUUGCUUUUGGUAUGUAAGCCUAAAACAUUGGCAUUCUAGUAAUCUGUAAUCCUCCAACUCCAUUGUUGCUUUUGGUGUGUAAGCCUAAAACAUUGGCAUUCUAGUUUUGUUGGAGUUGAUGUAAUUACAGAAUUUAGAAAAUGUCAACAUCGUUUGAUAAUAUCUGAUCUGCAUGUAACAUCUAUUAUUAUUUUGAUAAUCAUGAUCUUGAUUCUGUGUC